AUGCUGAAGCCGCAGUAUCUCCCUGACUCCGCGACAGCCCAGGACCCCCCGCGGAGGCAGCGCCAGGAGCGCACCGUCUACACCCCGGAGCAGCGACGGGAGCUGCAGGCUCAUUUCGAGAAGAACAGAUACCCGGACUAUGAGGAGCGGAAGGCCCUGGCCGAAAAGCUCCAUCUGCGGGAGCACAAAGUGCAGGUGUGGUUCAAGAACCGCCGGGCCAAAUACGCUCGACAGCAGCGACAGCAGCAACUGCAGGGAUUACAGGGCCGGGAAGGCCGACGGGCCCGGGACAUGUGCCCCCCAGCCUGUGGGCGUCCGGCCUUCUCAGGGGGUCCCGGUGUCUGCACUCCCCCUCCACUCAGCAGUCCCUUGGCCAUCUUCCCAGAAGUAGAUCCCGUGGGUUCCAGCCCUGGGCAGGCCUGCGGGACCCCUGCACAGGGCGCCCAAAGGGGUGCCCCAGGCCCAGCCCCAGCCUGCGCCCAGGACCCCUGCGCCGCGGGCUUUUCGCCAGACCCCGCUUCCUGCCCUGAUUUCACGGGGCUCUUCUCAUAUCAGGGACCCUUUGGGGAGCCCUCCUUCAACUCCACGAUGUCUGAGUACCAAGCAGGCACUGACUUUGUGGACCAGAACCACGCGGACUACACGAACCUACUGAGUUUAUAG